CGCCCACCUUCUUCUAGCUCUGGAAACCUCGAAACAGCGAACAUAUCUGUUUGUUACUGACGCUCAUUCCUUCUUUCCUCCCAUCUCUCUUCCGAGCCACAACAAUGGCUUCUCUGCUCACCAACGGCAUCUCUCGCUUCACCGCCCAACCCCCCUCUGAUCCCCCGAAAGGGCUACUCCCGAAAUUCGAAAGCUCCAAGCUUUCCUUCCCCAGAACCCUAAAUCGCACCAUCAAGAAGCAGCACCAGCGGCAGCAGCAGUUCAAGGUCCGUGCCGAUGUCGGGUACGACACCAAGCCCUCCUCCGAUUCGGGCCCUAACCUAGGUAAUCCCUCGACUUCGACCUCCACUUACGAUGAGAAGAUUUCCCAGAUUCUUCGGUUCAACGAUUACAACAAGAAGUACGGUUUCGCCGUGGACAUCGACUCUUUCUCGAUCCCCAAGGGGCUCACGAAGGAGACCGUCCGUCUGAUAUCGGAGCUCAAGGAAGAGCCCGGAUGGAUGCUUGAGUUUAGGUUGAAGGCCUUUGAUAAGUUCAUGACUAUGAAGGAGCCCAAUUGGUCAGACAACCGGUACCCGCCGAUUGAUUUCCAGGACCUUUGCUACUAUUCCGCCCCGAAGAAGAAACCCACCUUGAAUAGCCUCGAUGAAGCCGACCCCGAGCUGCUCAAGUACUUCGAUAGGUUGGGCGUGCCCCUGAACGAGAGGAACCGAUUGGCAAAUGUUGCGGUGGACGCCGUUCUUGACAGUGUUUCCAUCGCCACGACUCACAGGGAGAAAUUGCGAGAGGCGGGUGUUAUAUUCUGCUCAAUUUCGGAGGCAAUUAGGGAGUUCCCUGAUUUAGUUAGGGAGUAUCUGGGGAAAGUCGUGCCAAUCGGGGAUAACUACUACGCUGCCCUGAACUCUGCGGUAUUCAGUGAUGGGUCCUUUUGUUACAUCCCCAAGGACACCAAGUGCCCGAUGCAGAUCUCGACGUAUUUUCGGAUAAAUGCAAUGGAGACGGGGCAAUUUGAGAGGACUCUGAUAGUCGCGGAUGAUCGCAGCUUUGUGGAGUAUUUGGAGGGCUGCACGGCCCCUUCUUAUGACCAGAACCAGCUCCAUGCUGCUGUGGUCGAGCUCUAUUGUGCAGAGGGAGCUGAGAUCAAGUACUCAACUGUGCAGAACUGGUAUGCUGGGGAUGAGGAAGGAAAGGGCGGCAUAUACAACUUCGUUACGAAACGGGGCGUUUGUGCUGGAGCUCGCUCGAAGAUCUCAUGGACACAGGUGGAGACAGGGUCUGCAAUCACCUGGAAGUACCCGAGUGUGGUUUUAGAGGGAGAUGACACAGUUGGGGAGUUCUAUUCUGUUGCUUUGACGAACAAUCACCAGCAAGCUGAUACUGGGACAAAGAUGAUACAUAAAGGGAAGAACACAAGGAGCAGGAUUAUCUCAAAGGGUAUUUCUGCAGGAAAGUCGAGGAACUGUUACAGGGGGCUGGUUCAGGUCCAAUCGAAGGCAGAGAAUGCUCGGAACUCUUCUCAGUGUGAUUCAAUGCUUAUUGGUGACAAAGCUGCUGCAAACACUUAUCCUUAUAUCCAGGUGAAGAAUCCAACAGCUCGAAUUGAACAUGAGGCAAGUACCUCAAAGAUCGGGGAGGACCAGCUGUUCUACUUCCAACAAAGGGGAAUUGACUACGAGAAAGCUAUGGCUGCUAUAAUCUCAGGUUUCUGCAAGGACGUCUUCAACGAGCUGCCUGACGAGUUUGGGGCCGAGGUCCACCAGCUCAUGAGCAUAAAGCUUGAAGGAUCUGUCGGUUAAUUAAAGGCCAAACUUUAAGGGGGGCAAAAAUAGAAUAAGUGGAAAAGGAAAGGAAACUUGAGAUUUGUCUAAGACUAGAAUGGCGUCUGAAGUGCUUUUCGAGCAAAAUUUCUGCUGCAGAACUGUUCUGUAAUGUAAAUGUAUGAUAUAUGAAUGGAUGAGGUAUAUUGGUCUCUAUUCGUAUGUCAUCAGUCUCUGGAAACUAGUUCAUAGCUUCUUCCUCUGUUCUUUGAAGUAAUUAUCCGAAGUUGGGGCCCA